CAGAGCUGGGCAGGUGGAUGCGGCUGGAAGAUGGCGCCCUCGGGCCCGGGCAGCGUCAGGCGGCGGUGCCGGCGGGUGCUGUACUGGAUCCCGGUGGUGUUCAUCAGCCUCCUCCUGGGCUGGUCCUACUACGCCUACGCCAUCCAGCUCUGCCUAGUUUCCAUGGAAAACAUUGGCGAACAAGUUGUGUGCUUGUUGGCUUAUCAUCUACUUUUCGCGAUGUUUGUCUGGUCGUACUGGAAAACUAUCUUUACAUUACCAAUGAAUCCUUCAAAAGAAUUCCAUCUCUCUUAUGCAGAGAAAGAAUUGUUGGAGAGAGAGCCAAGAGGAGAAGCCCAUCAGGAAGUUCUUAGGCGAGCAGCCAAGGAUCUUCCCAUCUAUACCAGGACCAUGUCUGGAGCCAUCCGCUACUGUGACAGAUGCCAACUUAUAAAACCAGAUCGCUGCCAUCACUGUUCCGUCUGCGAUAAAUGUAUUUUGAAGAUGGAUCAUCAUUGCCCAUGGGUGAACAAUUGUGUUGGAUUUUCAAAUUAUAAAUUCUUCCUCCUUUUCUUGGCUUAUUCUCUGCUGUACUGCCUUUUUAUCGCUGCUACAGACUUACAGUAUUUUGUCAAAUUUUGGACAAAUGGUCUACCAGAUACUCAAGCCAAGUUCCAUAUUAUGUUUCUAUUCUUUGCUGCAGCUAUGUUUUCUGUCAGCUUAUCUUCUCUGUUUGGCUAUCAUUGUUGGCUAGUCAGCAAAAAUAAAUCUACAUUAGAGGCAUUCAGGAGUCCAGUAUUUCGACAUGGAACUGAUAAGAAUGGAUUCAGUUUGGGUUUCAGUAAAAACAUGCGACAAGUUUUUGGUGAUGAGAAGAAGUACUGGUUGCUACCCAUUUUUUCAAGUCUGGGUGAUGGCUGCUCCUUCCCAACUUGCCUUGUUAACCAGGAUCCUGAACAACCAUCCACUCCUGCAGGACUGAAUUCAACAGCUAAAAAUCCUGAAAACCAUCCGUUUCCUGCAAAGCCACUGAGAGAAUCCCAAAGCCACCUUCUUACUGACUCUCAGUCUUGGACAGAAAGCAACAUAAACCCUGGAAGAGGCAAAGCUGGUAUGAGCAAUCCUGCAUUAACCAUGGAGAAUGAGACUUAAUCCUCAAGCAAAAUAAAUUCAUGCUUUAUUAAAGUAUCGAUGCUGUACAUGGAUGAAAGAGGCUCCCAUAUGAAGGCACCGUUUGGAUAUGCAGAAUAUGAGUUGAUUGCAAGUUGUUACUUAAAACAUAACACACUUUUGAUCCAAUAUACAGUGUUAUAAAUGAGAUUAUUAAAUAUUAAAAUUAAUUAUGAUUUAUGAAUAAAAGAGGAAGUAUCUUCUAUCAAAAACUUGGCCUAAAUUCAUGGGCCAGUUUUCACCUAAAUGAUGUGGAUAGUACAGUUUAUUACUUAAAAUCCUUAUUGAUCAUCUGACUUUUUUAUUUCAAAAAUUGAGACUGUUAAGAUAUUGUUUCAGAUUUAAAAGAUUUCAUGUCAUAUUAUAAUGUGCUUGAUUUGUAAAAUCUAUGUUACCAUUAAGAAGGUAGAGGAAAUAAACCAGACUUCUUUUGCUUUUUCCUUCUGAUAGGAAAUGAGCCUCAGACUUAAUGACCUGUCAUAGCUAUGACUUCAUUACAAAGUCCAAAUGGCCUGUACUUGAAGAUCACCAUCCAUUUUUAUCAGACUUUAAUCUACUUCUAGACUUUGCUCCCCAUUGGAAAAUAAGUAUGAACAUUGAAGCUGGAGCUUUCUGAUCAAGCAAAUGGCUAGAACACAUUUCUGAGAAUGAAUCCAAUGUUCUUACAAAAUAAUUUUAUAUCAGAAACACUUUUCAUCUUUUCUGAUUUUCGUAAUUGGAGGGAAAUCUGCAAUGUUAUUGACUUCCGAUACACUUUUAUGGGCUUAGGUUUUUACAAACAUCUUUUUAGGUCAUUUCUCCUAUUGAAUUUAGUAAAAGUAUUGAACUUCUGUUAAGAAUUCCUUUUGGGUCAAUGGAUUCUCCCUCCAGUAAUAUCUCUAUUAUUUGUCCUGUUAAUCCUCCAGUGGUAUCUAUAUUAUUUUUGUGUCUUCUCAUCAAAACUAUGACAGUAAAAGUAUAUGUUUCCUUAAGUACCUAUCAAGAUUAAAUUAUGCAAAUCAUUAAACAAAAAUCAUAUUGUUUUGGAAAUUUAGUUCAGUAUGAACUAAAUGGCAUGCUAUUUGAAAAUUUAGUUUAAGAUAAAAAGAUGUUUUUGUUGAUGCCAAAAUGUUUGGCUUCACUAAAUAUACUAAGAAGCUCUUGUGCCUUGU